AUCAUCCUGGUGAGCGGGGUAUUUCGACAUGACGCGUGGAUUUUGACUCAACUAGAUCUGUUGUGAAUUCAUCCUCCUUGAGAGCGGGGUAUUUCGACAUGACGCGUGGAUUUUGACUCAACUAGAUCUGUUGUGUAUUCAUCAUCCUGGUGAGUGGGGUAUUUCGACAUGACGCGUGGAUUGUGACUCUGUGGGUUCAAGAUGAGGCUAUCCCGGCUAUCUGUGGUGCAGUGGAUCUUUGUUGUGACCUUUACGAUGUGGAGCUACAGGUGUGUGCUCAACCUGCUCCAGCUGCAAAACAAAAUACAAUAUCGACAUUUAGCGAAGCCUCGUUUUCAUCUCCGCCCUUUUUCAAAGAGGGAGACUAAAUCCAAGAAUAGUGACCAUGUCCUCAAGGAACCAAACACUUCUCUCUACCAUAUACAAACACAUGAAAUGUCUCCUCUGAAUUGUGCUAGAGCAUCCGAAUCAAAGAUACAGCUAAUAUCGAAAUCAUAUACUUAUUCUAUUGGUGAGAAGAUUGAAGUUCGGAUACAAACGUUCAAUGGGCACGGUCUGCCUAUGACAAGAGGCGGUGACCUUGUCCGCGUGUGGAUUAAGGAAGUAGCGAAAAGCGCAUGCGCAGCAGGAAGUGUGAUCGAUAAUCAAAAUGGAACAUAUACUGCAACGAUUAUACCUAGGUGGGUUGGCAAAGUGACUGUAAUGGCGGCCAUAGCAGCACCGAGGGAGUUGAUUGAUAUGUUUCACCGUGUCUACCGCAGGAAUGGAAGUCUGAACACUAUGAUGGCCCGGUUUGAAACGGGUGGUGUUAGCGAAGAAAGUCCGUGCCUUCCAACCCCUCACAUUCGAGGGUUCAGCAAGUUGUGCAACUUCAGCAAGAAGAUCGGAGGCCUGCCUUUCUACUGCGGACACCCAGUGAAUCUACAGUGUCACAACUGGGUUGCUGUGCGAACACCUCCGGGACAAGGCAGAAGGUUCACGCAGGAUGAGAAAAAAAUGUUUAUUAGAGAGCUGUUUCAUCAGACUAUACCCGGGAGUUUGGAGGUGAAGGUCACUGAUGGAAAAACGAAACAAAAUGGGCCAGUAAGAACACAACAAACUUCAUCUCGUUCGACGUGGUCACAAAGACCAGGUUAUUUUCUCAACUGGAUCUGGCAUCAAGGUGAAGGCCAUGCACUGUCAGGUGAAGGUCACUCAGGAAGAAACGACAUAUUCGUGACACGGCUAUCAACGUGUCUGGCUAACAGACGUCUAUGGCUAAUUGGAGACUCGACCCUCAGACACUGGCUUGAAUUCAUAUCACAAAAACUUCACACACAAAGAAAGCAGACAUCGGAAGAUAUUUUACACCCGCAUCAGCCUCUUCUGGUCCAGGACAAAUCUCGUAACAUCUCCAUAUUUUGGGGCCCGCAUGGACUUCCGUUUCAUCACGGGUCGACCUGGCAUAGCCCGGAUGUUAACAGAGCUGCGCACCAGUAUUUAGACGCAGCAACAUCUGAAUCCGAAGACAUAUACAUUAUAAACCUCUACGUACAUUUCCAUGCAUUUCCAGAAGAAGUGUUCAGGGCCCAUGUUAAAAGACUCGCAGAAUCUCUGGAUUCUUUAGUAGCUAGAGCACCGAAGGUCAAGGUUGCGAUUAAAGGACCUCAUGCAUUUCACGGACUGAACAAAGCGGGAUUUGUGGAUGAUUAUUUUGGGCCCGUGUAUGACUCCAUUUUAAGAUCGGAGUUGCAUCAUUUACGAGAUCACGUGAUAUACUUGGACUUCUGGGAUAUGACGGUGGCAUGUGAGAAUGUUGACAUCCACCCGAAUGUCACAGUAGUACAAGCUAUGAUUGAUGUUAUGAUUAAACACGUAUGCAGGUAAUGAGAGCGUGAUUGUCAGUUUGAUUUUGUCACAGUUCCAGGGCGGUCGGUGGCCUAGUGGUCACCCCCGUCGUGAUAUUGCUCGAAUAUUGCUGAAAUUGGCGUUAAACUAUGAUCACAUGUCACAGCCCCAGAUAUACGAAUGGAUUUUGGUUGGGUUUGUUUGUUGUGAAUUUGAUAUUCUCUCUCUUUAUCAUUGCGGCGUCCUGUAAAUAAUCGAGUCUAGUCAAUGGUUAA